AUGGGCUGCUUCGUGGAUCAAGGCGCCACCAGCGUGCGCAUCGAGGCGUGCGGUCAAGUGCUCGAUAUUUUCCAGUCGCCCUCCUGCCUCGCAGAUCCCGUCUUUCCUCCUGCUCGUCUCAGUGUCAUCAUUCUCUUCCCCACCGCCUCGCACUCGCUCCCCAUCCCUGCCCUUGAAAACGAAUCCCCCUCUAAAAUCUUCACAUCCGAGCCGCCGCUCGGACUAUCUGUCAUCAACACGGGAACCCGUCUGGCCCAUCUUACCGAACCUGAUGCGCAGGUUCGGCCAGGCGUGACAGGGUCGGUGCUGUGGGACAGCGGCGUGGUGCUGGCGAAGGCGCUGGAGCACCUGGCGGACUCGGCGCGCUUGCCCAUUCGCGGCGCUAGCAUAGUAGCAGCACUGCUGGGAGCGUCCCACGUGCACAUCACAGACCAGUACGACCGCCUGCGCCUGAUACACCGCAACGUCUGCCACAACCUGCUGCCUUCACACCCCCUCUCUGCCACUCCUUCCUCCCUCAACUCCUCCUCCUUCUCCUCCUCUUCCUCCUCCUCCUCCUCCUUUCCGCAUGGACCUGCCUCGUCUGCCCGCCAUGCAUCAGCUAAGAAGGCAUCGAACAGCAGCGCGAGCGCCGCUGGUAGUGCCAGCGGUGGGGGUGGUGGUGCUGGGGGGAAGCGCAGAGGGGGAGCGGGAAAGGCAGGCUCAGCAGCAGCAGCAACAGCAGGGCAAAGAGGUUCUAUCGGUGAUGGGGGGAUGGGAGUCGGAGGGGGGGAUAGUGGGGCGUGGCCUGAGGUAGUAGAGGUGUGCCAUGGCAGGAAGGGCGAGGAGACGCGGGUGAGAGUGAGGGUGUUUGAGCUGGAAUGGGGGGAGGGCAUGGCACUGCCAGGAUUCGACGGCGAAGAGGAUGAGAGUGACAGCGACGGGAGAGGGGAGGACGAGGCGGAUGAGGAGGAGGAUGAGGAUGAGGAUGAGGGUGAGGAGGAGGGUUGGGGCGGUCGAGGGAGGGAGUGGGGGGAGCAAGAGCAAGAGGGGAAAGCGAGGCGGAGGGGGUAUGACUACGUGGUGGCGUCGGAUGUGGUGUUCAGUGAGGAGGGCGUGGAGGUACUCAUGCAGGCGCUGCGGCAGCUCGUGCGCCCGCACACCACUGUGCUCAUUGCUGGCGAGCUCAGGAAUGACGAGGUGUUGCAGCUGUUUCUGGAGCGCGCACAGGCGCGCUUCACAGUGGGCAGGCUGCAGGACAGGCACCUGCACCCAGACUUCAUCAGCCGCCGAGUUGUCGUCUACUGCCUCGCCCGCAAGCGCCGGCGGCAGGCCACAGGGAGCGAGGGCCGCUGA